AUGACCGCAUCCAAUAAACUGAACUCGUCCUUUUUAGCUGCUUAUGGUUAUGACUCGAACGAUAUCAAAAGACUGUACGAUAGUCUAAAAGAAGGUGACAACGAUGAUGACAGUGAUUCACUGUCUGGAGUUGCCCCUGCUCUGAUGAAAGUUAAGACAUUUUCAAAAAAAUGUUUGGUCGACGAUCGUGAUGAAGACAAUGAUGUUGGUGAUGAAGGUGGUAAAAAUGAUGACAAUGAAUAUGAUUUCGAUUUUGAAAAGGAUGAUGAUGAUCUGGAAAAUGAAAAUGACAGUAAUGCUGAUAAAAAUAAUGAUAACAACAAGAUAUGUAAUAAUGAAAAUAAUGUUGAAUAUAAAGAAGUUAAAACCAACAAUGGAGUCUAUGAGAAUGAAUUUUUCAAACAAAAGAAUAUCAAUAAAAGCGACAAUUCUUGUUUCAAAAAUGAGAAACACAAAAAUUUCCCAAUAAAUACUAAUACUUUCUAUAAUAAUGAUGAAAGAAAAAGCAAAUCUCAGGCGAAAUCUCACAAAAAUUCUUUUUUCCAAGUGGAAACAAGUUACAUGGGCAAAUACAACGUGACUCUGAAAGAGUAUAGAAAUGUGAAUGAGACAACUGAGAUACCCAAUGGCUACCGAUAUUAUGAGGACAGGUACAACAGCCAUCGAAGAAUCAACCUCAACAGUAGAAAUAAAAGUAACAACAUUAACAUUUCAAACAACAAGCAGGCCGUAUUGAAGGAUGUGUUUCGCGAGUACUACAAAUUUUACUACAAGAUUGAUCCAGAACAGCACAGGCAAGAACCUAAAAAUUUAAGAGUGAAUAAACAGACUGAAGAAAAAAACGCAGUGAUCAGUGCCCCACAUGAACCUCUCCAAAAAAGUCCGCCUUUCGCUGAUCAGUCAGAAAUGAAAAAAAUCGACAUUAUUGAAAAAGAUUUGGAAACGAAAGAAAAAUCCAAAGAGAUGGUCGAAGAAGACCAAAAAAAAAUUAGUGACCGAGUGAAAUUAAGUGAAUCGUACUUGAGAAGGAAACUUGCGAGAAGGAUCAGCACUCGAACAAAAGGUGGCGAACGCAGUCAAAAAAUCAGCAAAGUCAGGCUCGAUUCCGUUGAAGCAAAGCAUGAAAUGGUCAUUAAAACUUCCUACUUUCAAGAUGAUCUGAAAAAUCCCUACGUAAGCAAACACUCGAUUAAGUCGCAUAAGUCGCAGCAGAAGACACAUUCCGACUUGACUAAAAGCAUAAAAAGUGAACCGAAGCUUAUUGCACCAAGUAAGAAGUCCUUACCCGGCGUGAAAUCUUCACAGCCACAAAGGGAUGAAACGUUAAAGAAAUUCUAUCGAGACAUGAUGAACAAAAAAUUUGACAAAAGUAAGGAAGAAAAAGUCUUCUAUGAUUUGUUUGUAGAUUUGUUCACUAGGUUGGAAGCUUCGUUCAUGCUUCACAAAAGUGAUGUGCUAAAUGAAUUUUCUAAAGCAAAAUGGGAAAAACUCUUUAAGCACUGUCAGAUCUUUCUGAAUAGACUGGACUGCAUGGUCAACCGACAUGACGAGUGUCAGCCACAAAAUUGUUUCCAAAUGGCCAAUAAGGAAAAAGAUUCCAAAGUAGCCGAGCGUAACGUUCCAGAAAAUACAUCCAAAACGCCUGACCACAUUAAACCUAAUCCUAUGAAAUUUAAAUAUUUGAGAUUGAAGCAUCAAGCAAUAAAAAAUUUUUAUCGAAGAAAAAAAUCAUCCAAGAAGAUUAAACUGAACCUAAACGCUGAAAACUCAAAAGGUAAAUUAUUUGAUAUUCUCUAUGCAAAAAGGCUAGAAGAAUUGGAAAUAAAUAAAGGCUGUAGAAAGCGAUUGCCACACGAGACACAAUCAAUAAGAAAACAGUCAAAAAUUAAAAGCCUUUCCUAUCCACAAACUUCUGUCAAAAGAAACUCAGUAGCAGUUUACAAAGAUAACAAACUUCUAGAGCAGUUGGCUGUCCAAACCGUCAAUUCAUUGUCUCGCCUGUUAAUUAAAAAUGCCGUCUACGCUAUGAACGAUUAUUUCAACGAGUUCACGAAAGAAGAGCCAGCUACUUAUACAAAAUAUAAAAACGAGAAGUACACCAACCCGCACAGGGAACCCUACAAUAUGUUUAAACACAUGAAACAGAUGGAUCUGCUUCAAAAAGGCCUCUCCUUAAAAUUUGGGCAUCUUGAAGAAGACUUGCUAGAGCUUGCGUAUCGACCAAAAAGUGUGCUGGGACUUCUGGUCGACACUUCUGACAGCAUAUUGGAAGCUUAUCCGAAGAAAAAAAAUAUGCUGGUACGUUUCUCAGAUUCCAAGAGUCGAACUGUAGCUCGGCGAAAGCAUAAACCAUUGACUAAUUUUAGUGUUACGCAUCAUAACCUGCAAAUUAAAAAUCAAUUGGGGAGUGAGUUUCCCAUGAAACUUAUUUCUAAUUUAAUUAAUAUAAAACCACGCAACAUGUCUAUUGAAAGCACUUUUAAAUCUUCACAAUUUGAACACGGUCACGUCAAUUAUGAAUUUAAAAUUUUUAAAUCAGUUCACGGGUUUUGUUCGUUUUUAUUAACACAUGCAGUUAGAGGAAACAUCGAUCACCUUCUUCUUUAUAUACACGACUUUGCGAACUUGGUUCUCAACGUUUCAAAACUACUCUACAUAUUUCUUGCUCUCAGAAAUAAGUCAACAAUUGAGGCUCUAAUUUCAAAAAAACGUUUGAAGGUAUACCCGCGUUUGGCCUGCGUACUGGCAAUUCAAAUUUUUUGUAAGACUUUUGCCGAUUUGGUUUUUUGUUGGAAGGCCGCCGGUCUGAAAAACAACGAACGACACUUUAUGCUGAUUAUGGCUGAAGAGUUUUCUACAAAUUUAUUUGUCUCCGAGGCUACUAACAACCAGCGCACGCGCGAAAGCGUGUUAAGUCUGCCCAGUUACAAACUACGCCGUCGGUCCAGCGGUCGAACCAACAAGUUCAAACUCUUGAAAAAAAAUCACAAUAAUAACAGUCAAACUCGCGACGCCAACAAUAACUCUCGACAUGGAGAUAACAACAACAAAAAUUUUGCUAAUGAUGGGUUUGAAGAUAAGAACGAAAAUGUUAGGGUCUUUAAAAAAAAAAUUGAAACCAUUAACUGCCAAAACCCUUUCAUUGAAACAAUUUCAACAACUUCCGAUAAAACUGAUAAAAUAGAAAAAAAUGUUGAUUGUCGUAAAAACUUACAGAAGACUGGCAGGGUUAGUUCAUCCAACAAAAUCAGAAAUAACAUUAGGUUGGCUGACAAUAGGAAAACUUUAAAUUUGAAAAAAUCCGGUCAAACUAAUGUGAACAACAUCAACAAUGCAAGAGAUGAAUAUUUGUCAAACAAGAACAUUGAACCCGUGAACAUUUUUUCUAGAUCAUCUCAAAUAUACGAAAAAUAUUUUAAAGAGACAAACACAAAUAGAAAUAACGAGAGUUGGAGUAAUCUGACUUUUAGCCCAAAUCGAAAGCCAUCAAGAGCGGACAUCCAAAACGAAAUAAGCAAAGUGAUAGCACAUCUUCGGUCAACCAUAGCCAGCAGAAUGAGUGUUCAGUCGUCAACUGUGAAAGUUUCGAUUAACAAAAAAGUACCUACCCCAACUGUAAUGUCUACAAAUGUUAGCGUCAGACAAAGUUUCCUUCGCAGUUCCAACAUGCACAGAAAUAAAAUUGAUUACAUGGGAUGGAAAGGCCUGGAAGAGAAGAUGCUGUCAUUUUUUGAAGAGCUCCUUGGCCCAGAUUUUUCAAAAGCAAGUAAUACGACGCUUGAAUUUGUGAAAAACGCAAACGAUAAAAUAAAGCUUGAUUUGUCAAAAAUAGGCUAUCAUUAUUUGAAGAAGAACAAACACCAGAUGCUCGAAGAGUUGGGCAUCAAAUGCAAACAGAGACACGACUCGCUGACCAACACUCCCGACAUCCUGGACCUACAGGGAGAGGAAGCGGACGAAACUCGCUCCGUGUACAUUCUGUGUGACGGAUCCUACAGGAAGGUUUCUAAGGAUGAACCUGCUACAAAUAGUAGUGAAGAAAAACUUUCCUUCAAUAAAAAAAAAAAUGAAAGAGAGGAAGAAGAAAUAGAAACUGUUACAAAACCAGAAGAGAUAAUACAAUUUUCGAAGCCUUCAGAGUUUUUCAGAAGUAACUUGCAGCCCAGAGAGAAGCAAGGCAAAUCAAGAAUUAAAUCAUUAAAAAUUUCAAAACGUUCAAAACAAUCGAAGUUUGCAAAAUCUUCAAGAGCGGACACAAAAAGCGUUUCACUUAAACAUAAACUAAAGUCAGAACGAAAAUCUCCUGCGGAAACAAAAACUCAUUCAAAAUCAUCUAAACGUUCUAAAAUUUCAAAAGUUUCAAAAACAGACAGUAAGGUAAAAAAAAAUGAGAAAGCAAAUAAUGAAAUGUCCGAUCAAAAAUUGAAGCAAGAGCCCUCAGGGCAACAAGAUUUAUUACAUCAGCAACAGCAACCGCCUUUUCAGCAAGCAGUCUAUCAGCCACCUUCUCAGCAGACACUUCAAGUCGAUCCAUCCACAUCUCAGCAACACACGUCCAACAGCAAAAUCUUACCAUCUGUCUCCUCUUCCAUAUCACUGGCAUCACACCUGGAAGUUUACCCAAUACGCAGGCAGCGUCACCAUCCUUCCAUCGUCAUUUUCAAUGCGAUUGAAGAUGUAUACAAGCUCUACACGGAAAAGUCCGUUGAAGAAAUUUCAGAGAAUGAACUGAACGAAAUCAAAAAUAUCUUACAACAGUUGAAUUACAAUAAAAUCAAACUUUUAUUCUUGUCAAAGGGGUUUGAGAAAAACUACGUCGAUGAAGUAUUGAAAGAAAAAAUGCGAAACGUUAGACCUUAUAUAGAUUAUUCAACAUUUUCAAAUAUUUCCGUUGUGAGUAAGGCAGAAGUGAAAGAAAUAGUUGAAGAAGAUAAUAUAUCCAGCACCUACAACAGAGAUUACGUAAAUCAUCUAUUCGAAACAUACUGGAUCCCGAAGCUCAAAGAAAUAGCUAAGAAACAAAAUUUCAUUGAAAGCAUUCUCAGGACACAAUUGAUUAUGUACAAAGAUAAAGUAAAUUUACUUGAUCUUCUCACCGAUCUUAAAAAGAUAUUAAAAAAUUAUCUCUACGUUGAUGAAAUGUCUAAAAUUUAUGAAACAGACGCCAUUACAACUUCCUUGCAAAAAAUUACUUCCUUCAGGAACAUGCCUCACAUCGAUCGUACGAGAAAAGUUUCGGAGCAUCGAGAAGAAGAAAUCUCCAAAAAGAAUGACGAUGAGAAGAAUGUUAGGAUCUCUAUAUCGGUAACUGAACCGGAAAAAAAAGGCGAAUUAUUGCCGGGUAUGACUGAUUUUGGAAAAUUACCAGAGAGAUUAUCGUCUUCCCCAGAUGGCACGAUAAUUCCCUCUGCCGUAGCCAGUUCAAUAAGAACACCCAAUCAAAUUAUGAAAUUUCAUAAGAAUAUUGAGCUUACAAACAAACAGCUAAUCCCACUUUCCAUUAGACCAUUCUUUGAAAAAAUUCCACUCACUAUCGAUCCGAAUUUGGUGGCCCUUUCACUGCAGACGAUAUCCUUGAGAGAUGCUAAUGAAUUGUUUCUUGGCAGAAGGAUAUCUUAUAGGAAUCUUUACAGGCCUGAUUUAUCAGCGGUCCGAAAAUUUACUACGGUGGACACAGACGCGGCUAAGUUUUUAGAGCAGCGGAGAAAAACGAGUUUGAAAUUAAGUUUACUUUCGUCACACGUGGACAAACAGCAAAUAAAAGCCGUAUUUGAUAAACAUUACAAAAAAUCAGGACGUAAACCGGAUGCUCUACUUUUAAAACCGUCAUACUCGCAAAAAUAUAUGCCGACAAAAUCAAAACAAUCAUCCAUUCAGGAUUACUUAACGAUGGGGUCUUCAUCCUCUUUGGCGACAAUGACCAAAUUCUCAGAAAUGGACAAAUCUCUAAAUGAAGUUUCUGAUAAAAAACCAUGGUUGAGUAAUCUAUCGAAAGAAAACGAACUCAAAUCACCGGCCGGAAGCUCAAAUAUUGCAAAUCCAUCUUUAUUAGACAAAGUGGAAAGCUCGGAAAUGAUCCUGACUUUGAUAGACCUUCACACUCCCGAGAAACUGGAUCAAUUGAAAAUCCUAACAAAGGAGAUGUACCCAACGGAAUCCAAGUUGAUUCUUCUCGAUGAGAUUGAAGCCAAUGCCGGUGUAAGAUUCUACGCUGAUGACUAUGAUACAGAUGAAACUACUUUACCCAACACACCCAGGCAAACGAUUUCGUCAAAAUUAUUUAAUAACUAUUAA